AUGACGGAGGCGAUCGUGUGGAAGCACGCGAGCGAGUGUGAAUUGGCGCAAUUGGCUACACGACACUCGGUGGACGACUGCAAAAGUGCGCUGGCGGAGAUCUUCGAGCUGGAUCUUUCGGACGAGAAGCAGAGCUUUUUGCUCGACUUCCACCUUCACAACUAUUCAUAUCCUUUCUUCCUUCACACUGUCUAA